AUGCCUGUAUCACAAGCAAAAGUAAAGAGUACUUUGUCGGGUGACACAUUAGUUCUCAGCAGUGUCAAUAACCCUGAACAAGAAAGAAUUCUGAGCCUAGCAUUUGUGAGCGCUCCAAGACUUAGAAAGGAAGGCGACGAGCCUUUCGCGUUUCGAUCGCGAGAUUAUUUGCGUCGCCUCACGGUAGGAAAAGUGAUCCAAUUUGCGGUUUUGUACACGAUACCAACAGGAGCUAAAAGAGACUAUGGCUGCGUCUUCCUACAGAGCGGCGAGGUCUUGCCAGAAGCCGCUGUAUCUGAGGGAUGGUUGAAACUUCGAGAUGAUGCAACGAGAAAGAACGACUCAGAUGAGUCAAAGGAUUUGCUCGACAAGUUGAUCGCUCAGGAAGAGAAAGCAAGGUCAGCUGGAAAGGGACUGUGGUCUACGAAGGGAGAGAGCAUCGCGACAUCUUACGAAUUACCAGAUAGCAAAGCGUUCGCCGACAGAUGGAAGGGCAAGUCUUUGGACUCAAUUGUGGAGAAAGUCAUCUCUGGCGAUCGAAUGAUCGUGAGACUGAUGAUAUCUGCCACCGAGCAUUUACAGACAAUGGUCGUAGUGGCUGGUAUUAAAGCGCCACCGACUAAGCGGAUAAGUCCAACGGACGGAAAGGAACAAGCUGCUGAACCAUUUGGAAAUGAAGCGUAUCAAUUUGUGGAGCAAAGACUUACCCAGCGUACUGUGCGAACGGAGGUACUUGGUGUCACGCCUCAGGGUGGCCUCGUUUGUAAUGUAAUACAUCCCAAUGGCAGUAUCGCAGAGUUUCUACUAAAGGCUGGUCUCGCGAGAUGCGUCGACUUCCACUCUACCAUGCUAGGAGGAACUAUGGCUACACUCAGAAAGACCGAGAAACAAGCCAGGGACGCCCAGCUAGGUUUAUUCAGAGGUUUGAAGGCGAAGUCAGGGGGUACUACAGGAGACGCAGUUAUCACGCGGGUACAGACAGCUGAUACGGUCUAUAUACGUGAGAAAUCCAACGAGGAUAGGAGAGUAAGUUUAAGCAGCAUACGGCAACCUAAGCCGACCGACCCCAAGCAAGCACCUUUUCAAGCAGAAGCCAAAGAAUUCAUGAGAAAAAAAUUGAUUGGCAAGCACGUAAAGGUGCAGAGCGAUGGUAGAAAGGAAGCGAGUGAGGGGUUUGAAGCCAAGGAUGUGGUGACUAUAACGCUGAACGAUAGAAACAUUGCUUUGAAUGCCGUCGAAGUCGGCUACGCCUCUGUCAUACGACAUCGGCAAGACGAUACGGAUCGAAGUCCUGCGUAUGAUGACCUUUUGGCCGCAGAAGCGACUGCCCAAGCGGAGAAGAAAGGCAUGUGGUCCGAGAAGCCAGGAGCUGCUAAAAAUUAUCAGGACUACUCGGAGUCCCUUCAAAAAGCUAAGAUUCAGUCUUCGGUCCUUUCAAGGCAGAAACGUAUUCCUGCGAUUGUGGAUUACGUGAAAGGUGGCUCGCGCUUCACUGUGAUCAUCCCUCGAGAGAACGCCAAACUCACUUUUGUACUUUCUGGAAUUCGUGCGCCUCGAUCAGCCCGUAAUGCAAACGAGAAAUCCGAACCCUUCGGUCAAGAAGCACAUGACUUUGCAACUCGCAGAUGUAUGCAAAGAGACGCUGAGGUUGAUAUCGAAACUGUGGACAAAGUCGGUGGCUUUAUCGGCACACUGUACGUAAAUCGCGAAAACUUCGCCAAACUCCUAGUCGAAGAAGGCCUAGCAAGUGUGCAUGCAUACUCUGCCGAACAGUCAGGUCAUUCCAACGAUCUCUUCGCCGCCGAAGAAAGUGCCAAGCAAGCCCAGAAAGGUAUUUGGCAGGACUACGAUCCGACUGUCAGCGAUGACCUGAAGGACCUCUCUCUAGCGGACCAACCAGAUGCCAAUGGUGCCAAUGAAGAGACCGUCCUCAAGAAGGACUACCGAGACGUCCUGGUCACGCACAUCGAUCCCACAAAUCUCCACCUCAAAGUCCAAACGAUUGGCACCUCCACCUCAGGGGCCCUCGCAGCUCUCAUGUCCGCCUUCGCCAGCCAUCAUCGCUCCCCUCCCUCUUCUGAGAAGUCCUUACCGAACCCUCCCAAAGCGGGUGAAUAUGUAAGUGGCCGUUUCUCCGAGGAUCAGGAGUGGUACCGUGCCCGCAUCCGACGCAACGACCGGGAAGCCAAAAAAGCUGAAGUUGUCUUCAUCGACUACGGCAACAGUGAGACACUGCCCUGGAACGAGUUGCGGCCAUUAGUUCCACAAGGGCCCUUCAGUGUGCAGAAACUCAAAGCUCAAGCAGUCGACGCGGGGUUGUCAUACCUACAAUUCCCCACCAGCAAAGAGUAUAUGGAGGAUGCAGUGAGGUUGUUGCAGGAUCUCACGGACGGAAAGCAAUUGGUCGCGUCUGUUGAUUCCGAGGAGAAAGAAGGGACAUUAUGGGUAACGCUAUUCGAUCCGCAGAAAGAGGGGGGCGAGGAAGAGAGCAUUAACGCCGAAGUUGUGGAGGAAGGUUGUGCGAUGAUAGGGAGGAAGUUGCGGACGUGGGAAGGGAGGAGGGGAAAGGGAAAGUUGUUGGACGGUUUGAGAAAGAGAGAAGAGAUCGCGAAGGAGGGAAAGAGGGGAAUGUGGGAGUAUGGAGAUAUUAGUGAGGACUAG